AGAGGGAGAGGGAGAGAAGGGGACAGGGGGAGGGUGACGGUCUGGCGGAGAGAGCUGCCUGGGAAGGGAGACAGUCAGAGACACAGGCCUCCCCCUGGGGUGGAGCCAGAUCAGAUCCCCCUGGGUGUGGGCUCACUGUAACUACAGCCCGAGGCUGACCAGGGGCUGGGGGGAGGUUGAGUGCAGGAAAGCGGAGGGGAGAGGGCACGAUGGAAAUUCAGAAGGAAUUACAAUGCUCCAUUUGCCUGGAUGUCUUCCGUUCUCCAGUGACCACGGAGUGUGGGCACACCUUCUGCAGUCACUGUAUCUCCAAGUACUGGGACAGAGAGAGCUCUGGCUCCUACUCCUGCCCAGAAUGUCGAUGUGAAUUCCCCAAAAGACCUCAGCUGGCCAAAAAUAUCCGCCUGUGCCAGAUCACUGAAGCCUGGAAACGAGACAGAAGCCAGGAUGAUCCCGGAGUGAGUGCUGAUCCCAGUCCCGGAGUGAGUGCUGAUCCCAGUCCCGGAGUGGGUGCUGAUCCCAGUCCCGGAGUGGGUGCUGAUCCCAGUCCCGGAGUGAGUGCUGGUUGCUCUGGGGAUCUGGGAAGAUUUUGCCAAAACCACCACAGGCAGCUGGAAUUGUACUGUCACACAGAGGGAGUCGCUAUCUGCAGGCUGUGUCUCCAAGAUCAUCACACUCACCAGACAGGAGAGCUGAAGGAGGAGGCUGAGCGAGCACGGGUAAUGAUCACCAGGGCGACAGAUUAGAGUGUGGUGCUGGAAAAGCACAGCGGGUCAGGCAGCGUCCCAGCAGCAGGAGAAUCGACGUUUCAGACA